AUGGACGCUGUCACUGCGUAUGCGGAUUCAUUCGUCGCCAGAGCCGAGAAAUACACACCACGAAACGGCGCACUAGCUGAACAAAUCGACCGCAACAAUGGCACUCCUCUCUCUGCUCGAGAUCUAACCUGGUCAUACGCCGCCUUUAUUACCAUGGCUGAGCGCCGGGCGGGUCAGUAUCCACAAUCUUGGUACACACGAGAAGCCGAUCCUCUCCCAGCACCAUCUAACUGCACAGUAUCAUCUUACAGCGGCACUUACAUCCCAGCUGUAGCAGCCGGCGCACCUAACACCACAAACGAAUGCCAAAUCAACAUCCUUAUGAACGUGAAUGCUACGACCUACUACGGUGAGAACAUCUACAUCGUCGGGAACACUACAGAGCUCGGAGAUUGGGAUGUGAAUAAAGCACUUCCUUUGAAUCCAGGGGGCUACUCGGAUCAGAGACCGCUGUGGACUCUCGAUACGUAUUUUGAGGCUGGGGAGGAUGUGGAUUUCAAGUUUGUAAGACAGGAAGACUGUGGACAACCUUGGAUUUAUGAGAGGAAUAACCGUACUAUUGGUGUAGGCCCGUGUGGGACUGCGGCAGGCGUUUUUGAGCUCGCUUAG